CGCGCACGGAGCGGGACGGAGCGGGACGGGCCCGGCCGCAGCGAUGGGGCCGCGGGUGCGGACGGUGCUGGGCGCGCUCCUGGCGCUGUGCGCGCUCCCGAGGGGCAGCCAGGGCCUGGCCGAGAGCUCCUUCCCCGAGGACACGGUAUCUGACCGCGUCGGGGGCACGCGGGGACACCGCUUCUACCGGCACCUCUCCGAUGACGAGGACCUGGUGGCAUCCGGUGAUGGCAGCGGGGAGGACGGCAGCGGCGCCCCAUGGCCGAGCGCUACCCACGUGCCCAGCUUGGGGCUGGCACCCACCGUUUAUUUCCGGGCACUGGUGAACUUCACCCGCAGCAUUGACUACAGUCAGCGGCUGGAGGACCCCGACUCCGAGGAGUUCCGGGAGAUCUCAGAGGCUGUGGUGGAUGCGCUGGAGUCAGAGUAUUACAAGGUGCCCGGGGAGCAAAUGGUCAGCGUGGUGUUCAUCAAGGAGCUGGAGGGCGACGUGUUCGUGGAGCUGGACGUGGGCUCGGAGGGGAACGGGGACGAGCAGCAGCUUGGGGGGGUCCUAAGGGACCUCCUGGCUGGGGGCUCCAUUGCCUCCUAUGUCACCUCCCCACAUGGAUUCCAGUUCCGGCGCCUGGGGGCCGUGACCCCCCACCCUCGGCCCUGCACCCCCAUGGAGUUCACGUGCGGCAGUGGUGACUGCGUCCCCAGUGAGUACCGGUGCGACCGGAGGCACGACUGCCGCGAUGGCUCCGAUGAGCUCAGCUGCGACCUCUCCACGCGGGUGCCCCCCACCACAUCCCGCCCGGCUGCCACCACGCGCCCGCUGAGCACCACCACGGCCACCAUCACCCUGCCACCGCGGCGCCCUGGCACCGUGCGGCCCCCCAGCACCCCCUGGCCCCACAAGGCACCGGUUGAUGGGUGCCGGGCGGGUGAAGCCCCAUGUGCCGAUGGGCGCUGCAUCCCCCGUGACUACGUGUGCGAUGGAGAGGCCGACUGUGCCGACGGCAGCGAUGAGGAGGCUUGCGGCACCCCGUCCCCCUGCGAACCCAACGAGUUCAAGUGCCGCAACGGGCACUGCGCACUCAAGCUUUGGCGAUGCGACGGCGAGAACGACUGUGGUGAUGGCUCCGAUGAGGCCGAUUGCCCCACCAAGGCGCCCGGCGCAGCGUGCGGACCAGCGGAGUUCCGGUGUGUGGCCAGCGGGACCUGCAUCCGCGCCAGCUACCAGUGUGACCGAGAACCUGACUGCCCUGACCGCUCCGAUGAGAUCGGCUGCGUGCCCCCGCAGGUGGUGUCGCUGCCGCGGGACGCGGUGCUGGCCGUGCCGGGUCAGACUGUCACCUUCACGUGCGCGGCCACCGGUGUCCCCACACCCAUCGUCACCUGGCGCCUCAACUGGGGACACCCCCCCAGCAGCCACAGGGUGUCAAUCGUGAGCGAGGCCGGCCAGGGCACGUUGACCAUUCGUGACGUGAAAGAAUCUGACCAAGGUGCCUACACCUGUGAGGCCAUCAACACCCUGGGCAUGGUGUUCGGCAUCCCCGACAGCAUCCUCACCGUCACCCGCCCUGGGCCGUGCCCCGAGGGCCACUUCGAGGUGACAGGGACCUCCCGCUGCCUGCCCUGCUUCUGUUUUGGUGUCACCACCUCGUGCCGUGCCACCGCCCGGCACCGGCACCGCCUGCACCUGCGCUUCGACCGUGCUGGUGACUUCAAGGGUGUCAAUGUGACGGUGCCGGCGGCGCCGUCCGCACCGGUGCUCUCGGCCACCCAGCUCCAUGUGGAUGUGGGUUCUGAGGAAUUCCAGCUCCUGGAUCUGUCCCGACGCUUCCUGGCCCUCGAUGCCUUCUGGGCACUGCCAGGCACCUUCCUUGGGGACAAGGUGGAUGCCUACGGAGGAGCGCUGAGCUAUGGGGUGCGGUACCGGCUGGGACGCGGCCCCCCCGAGCCCACCACACACCCCGAUGUGCUGCUGCGGGGCCAUGGGCGGCAGCUGCGGGCACGCGAUGGGGACACCCAGCCCGACGUCCUCAACCGGCGGCAUGUGCCCUUCACCGAGGACCGCUGGGAGGAUGAGGAGGGUGCCCCGGUGAGCCGGGAGCUGCUGCUGCUGGUGCUGCAGGACCUGGAGGGCAUCUUCAUCCGUGCCGUGUAUGACGGGCGCAUGGCCAGCGUGGGGCUCAGCGACGUGGCCAUGGACAUCACCAGCACCACCGACACCGGCCUGGGGCCAGCCGGACACGUCGAGGAGUGCAGGUGCCCCGUGGGCUACACGGGGCUGUCGUGCCAGCGCUGUGCCACCCGCUUCGAGCGGGUGACAAAGGGACCCUACUUGGGGACGUGCUCCGGCUGCGGCUGCCACGGCCACUCCAGCACCUGCGACCCUGUUUUUGGGCACUGCCUGAACUGCCAGCACAACACCGAGGGUCCCCAGUGCGAGAAGUGCAAACCUGGCUUCUUUGGUGAUGCCACCAAGGGCACGGCCACCGCCUGUCACCCGUGUCCCUGUCCCUACACGGAGGCAGCUCGGAGGUUUUCGGACUCGUGCUUCCUGGACACCGAUGGACAAGCCACGUGUGAUGCCUGCAAACCCGGUUACACCGGGCGCCGCUGUGAGAGGUGCGCCCCAGGCUACGAGGGAGACCCCAUCCAGCCAGGUGGCAAAUGCACCCCAAUUGGUCAGGAGCUCAUCAAGUGCGAUGCCCGCGGGGGCAAGGAUGAGGAUGGUGGCACGUGUCGGUGCAAGCCCAACGUGCGGGGCCGGCUCUGCGACUCCUGUGCUGCCGGCACGUUCCACCUGAGCGCGGCCAACGCCGAGGGCUGCCUGCCCUGCUUCUGCAUGGGUGUCUCACGGCACUGCGCCAGCUCCGCCUGGAGCCGACACCAGGUUGCGCUCACCGCCGAGGACACGGCACCGCUGUCCCUGGCCACGGCAGCCGGGGCGCAGCCGGUGGGUGCCAGCGCCCGCUUCUCCUUGCCACGGGAGCUGCUCUUCGACACCUUCCAUGCACUGCCCCGUGAUGUCUACUACUGGGUGCUGCCCGCGCCCUUCGCCGGGGACAAGGUGACAUCGUACGGUGGUGAGCUGCGGUUCACGGUGAUGCACCGCGCGCCGCCGGGGGCACCACCGCUGCCGCGCCAGCCCCACGUCCUGCUGCAGGGCAAUGGCAUCCUCCUGGAGCACUUCUCUGACACCAGCAUCCCCUCUGGCGUCCCCACCACCAUCAUUGUGCCCAUCCGCGAGCGCGCCUGGCGCAGGGCUGAUGGGCGCGAGGCCACCCGGGAGCAUCUGCUGAUGGCUUUGGCUGAUGUGGACCUCCUCAUGAUCCGGGCAUCCUACGCGGAGCAGCCAGAGGAGAGCAGGCUGUCCGAUGUCACCCUGGACGUGGCAGUGCCACAUGCCACCGGCCGCCCGCCGGCGCUGGAGGUGGAGGAUUGCACGUGCCCGGCUGGGUACCGGGGGGCCUCCUGCCAGGACUGUGACACCGGCUACACCCGCAGCAGCGCUGGGCUCUACCUGGGCACGUGUGAGCCCUGCCAGUGCCAUGGCCAUGCCACCGAGUGCCACCCUGAGACUGGUGUCUGCCAGGGCUGCCGGGAUCACACUGAAGGGCCCCAAUGUGACAAGUGCCAACCCGGCUAUUAUGGUGAUGCCACCCGUGGCACCACAGGCGACUGUCAGCCCUGUCCCUGCCAUGGACCCCAUGGGGAAAGCCAGGUGACCAAGAUCUGCUUUGAAGACACGGAUGGGCAGCCCACCUGCAGCGCCUGCGCCCCCGGGCACAGCGGGCGCCAGUGCCAGAGGUGCUCACCGGGGUACGUGGGGGACCCGCUGCGGGGGGAGCCAUGCCGAGAGCCAGGUGUCCCUGUGGGGCAGUGCCAAUGUGACCCACGCGGCAGCACCGGCGAGGGCUGUGAUGCCAAUGGGCAGUGCCACUGCAAGGCCAACGUGGAGGGACCCCACUGUGCAUCCUGCCGGCCCCAUCACUUCCACCUGAGCGCGGAUGAGGCAGCCGGGUGCCUGCCCUGCUUCUGCAUGGGCAUUGUCCAGCACUGCGCCAGCACCGGCUAUGCCCGCGGCACCGUGCAGACACGGUUCGGUGCUGGGGAUGCUCAGGGCUUCGCGCUGGUGAACCGGCAGCGCAGCACCCGCGUGGGCUCCGGCUUCACGGUGCAGCCGGGGCCCCCCCAGCCCCACCUCAGCUACAGCCGCUUCGGGGACCUGCCCCCAGACUCCUACUACUGGCAGCUGCCGCAUCCCUACCAAGGGGACAAGGUGGGCUCCUACGGCGGGCGCCUCCGCUACACCCUCACCUACACACCAGGGGGGCAGGGAGCACCCCUGCCUGACGCCGACAUCCAGAUCACGGGCAAUGACAUAACUCUGGUGGCCCAUCAGCCGGACCUGCCCCCAGGCACCCCCCAGGCCUUCGAGAUUGUAUUCCGGGAGCAAUACUGGCAGCGCCCGGAUGGACAACCAGCGACACGGGAGCAUCUCCUGAUGGCUUUGGCCGACCUGGAUGAGAUCCUCAUCCGAGCCACCUACUCCACCAGCACGGCCGCAUCCGGCAUCGCCGACGUCUCCAUGGAUGUGGCUGUGCCCCCCCAGCCUGGCCUCCCCCCGGCCCUCGAGGUGGAGGAAUGCCGCUGCCCCCCUGGGUACCACGGGCUGUCCUGCCAGGAUUGUGCCCCCGGUUACACCCGCACCGGGGGAGGGCUGUACCUGGGGCACUGUGAGCUCUGUGAGUGCAAUGGGCAUUCCGAGAGCUGCCAUCCCGAGAGCGGCGUCUGCUCCGGAUGCCUGCACAACACAGCAGGGGACUUCUGUGACCAAUGUGCCCCUGGGUUCUAUGGGGAUGCUACCGCCGGUACCCCUGAGGACUGCCAGCCCUGUGCCUGUCCCCUGCCGUACCCCGAGAACCAGUUCUCCAGGACCUGUGAGAGUUUGGAGGGUGGUGGGUACCGCUGCACCGCCUGUGAGCCGGGGUACACCGGGCAGUACUGCGAGCGCUGUGCCCCCGGCUAUGUGGGUGACCCAUCGGUGCCGGGGCAGGGCUGUGUCCCGGUGGGCCCCCCGGUGCCGCUGGCCGUCCGUGUGCACCCCCCUCGCACCGCGGUGGCACAGGGCAGCGCCGUCACCCUGCGGUGCCAGGCCACCGGGGACCCCCCCUUCUACUACCACUGGGCACGGGAAGAUGGGAGACCCCUGCCCGAGGGCGCCCAGAGCCGGCAGCAAGGUGAGGAGCUGCACUUUGCCAGCAUCCAGCCCUCCGAAGCCGGUGUCUACAUCUGCUCCUGCCGUAACCUGCGGCACAGCAACGCCAGCCGCGCCGAGGUCAUCGUCACCGAGACCCCUGGCAAAGCCAUCACCGUCACCGUGGAGGAGAAGCGGGUGCAGAGGGUGAAGCCUGGGGCUGAUGUCACCUUCGUCUGCACUGCCAAGAGCAAGUCUCCUGCCUACACACUGGUGUGGACGCGGCAGAACCACGGCUCGCUGCCGGCUGGGGCCGUGGACUUCAAUGGCAUCCUGACCCUGCGGCGCGUGCGGCCCGAGGACGCCGGCGUCUACGUGUGCACCGGCUCCAACAUGCUGGACAUGGACGAGGGCACCGCCACGCUCUACGUGCAGGCACCCUCCAAGACUCAGAUGUUUUAUGGCCCCGUUGAGUUUAUGGAGGGCCACAGACCUGCCGGCACCGCCGCAGCCCCCACCGCCGCCGUGGAGCCGGCGCAGCUGAGCGUGGCAGCGGGGCAGCCGGCAGAGUUCCGCUGCGUGGGCACCGGCAGCCCCCUGCCCACCCUCGAGUGGCUCGGAGCGCUGCCGCCGCGGGCUGUGGUCCAUGGUGGGACACUGCGGUUCAGUGCCGUGGAGCCCGCGGAUGAAGGGCAUUACAUGUGCCGGGCACGCAGCAGCGCCGGGCAGCACACGGCACGGGCCUUCCUGCAUGUGCAAGGUGCCGAUGCACCGCAGGUGCAGGUGAGCCCGGAGCAGACGGAGGUGCAGGAGGGCUCCACAGUGCGGCUGUACUGCCGGGUCUCGGGGUCCCCGACCGCCACCAUCACCUGGGAGAAGCAGGGGGGCACUCUGCCACCGCAGUCCCGCACUGAACACGGUGACAUUGCCACGCUGGUGAUCCCUGCCGUGACAGCAGCCGAUGGGGGCAUCUACCUCUGUGUGGGUACCAGUGCUGCGGGCACGGCUCGAGCUGCCAUCGAGGUGGUGGUGGUGCCAGGUUCAGCACCACCUGUGCGCAUCGAGUCCUCAUCCCCAUCCGUCACUGAGGGGCAGACCCUGGACCUUGACUGCGUGGUGGCCGGAGCCGGUGCCGCAACCGUGACGUGGUACAAGCGCGGUGGCUCCCUGCCUGCCGGGCACCAGGUCUCAGGGUCCCGGCUCCGUGUCCCCCAUGUCACAGCGGCUGAUUCAGGGGAGUACGUGUGCCGGGUGAGCCUGGGGACCACCAUCCGGGAGGCAUCCGUCACCGUCACCGUCGUGGCUGGAUCCGGCUCAUCCUAUGGACCACCAGCUUCAGGUGUCCCCAUCCGCAUUGAUGCAUCUUCAUCCACCGUGGCUGAGGGACAGAGCCUGGACCUCAAUUGCAUUGUGGCCGGGCAGGGACAGGCCACUGUGACCUGGUACAAGCGCGGAGGGUCCCUCCCGGCCAAGCACCAGGUGUCAGGCUCCCGGCUGCGGCUGCUGCAGGUGACAGCGGCUGACUCUGGUGAGUACGUGUGCCGGGUGAGCAGCGGGGCCAGCACCAGGGAGAGCGCAGUGAUGGUGACCAUCCAGCCCAGUGGGGCCAGCACCUACCCUCCCGGCAGCACCACCCCCCUGCGCAUCGAGUCCCCAUCCUCUGCUGUGGCCGAGGGACAGAGCCUGGACCUCAACUGUGUCAUCGCCAGCCCUGCUCAGGCCACUGUCACCUGGUACAAGCGCGGGGGGUCCCUGCCAGCCAAGCACCAGGUUUCGGGCUCCCGGCUGCGGCUGCUGCAGGUGACAGCGGCCGACUCUGGUGAGUACGUGUGCCGGGUGAGCAGCGGGGCCAGCACCAGGGAGACCUCCAUCAUGGUGACCAUCCAGCCCAGCGGGGCCAGCACCUACCCCAUGGGCAGCACGACCCCGCUGCGCAUCGAGUCCUCGUCCCUGUCAUCCCCUGUGGCCGAGGGACAGAGCCUGGACCUCAACUGCGUCAUCGCCAGCCCCGCUCAGGCCACUGUCACCUGGUACAAGCGCGGGGGGUCCCUGCCAGCCAAGCACCAGGUGUCUGGCUCUCGGCUGCGGCUGCUGCAGGUGACAGCAGCCGACUCUGGUGAGUACGUGUGCCGGGUGAGCAGCGGGGCCAGCACCAGGGAGACCUCCAUCAUGGUGACCAUCCAGCCCAGCGGGGCCAGCACCUACCCUGCUGGUGUCACCCCCCCGGUGCGCAUCGAGUCCUCAUCCUCCUCCGUGGCUGAGGGACAGAGCCUGGACCUCAACUGCAUCGUGGCCGGGCAGGGACAGGCCACUGUGACCUGGUACAAGCGCGGGGGGACCCUUCCAGCCAAGCACCAGGUGUCGGGCACCCGCCUGCGCAUCCCGCAGGUGACAGCGGCUGACUCAGGGGAGUACGUGUGCAGGGUGACAUCAGGCGGCAUCCCGCAUGAGACAUCCCUCAUCGUCACCAUCCAGACCGGUGCCGGCUCCUCCUACGCCGUCGGUGUCACCCCCCCGGUGAGGAUUGAGACCUCGUCCGCUGCCGUCACCGAGGGACAGAGCCUGGAGCUCAACUGCAUGGUGGCAGGACAGGGGCACCCCCACGUCACCUGGUACCGGCGCGGUGGGGCUCUGCCCCCCAACAGCCAGGUGUCAGGCACCCGCCUGCGCCUCGCUCAGGUGGCAGUGGCCGAUUCGGGGGAGUACGUGUGCAGGGUGACCCUGGGCACUGCCACACAGGAGGCGUCCGUCAUUGUCACCGUGCCCAGCAGCGCCGGUGCCUAUUACCCCUCCAGCAUCUCCCAGCCCCUCCGCAUCGAGUCCUCAUCCUCGGCCAUCGCUGAGGGACAGGUCCUGGAUCUCAACUGUGUGGUGGCAGGAUCCGGUCCCACAACCGUGACGUGGUACAAGCGCGGCGGCUCCCUGCCUGCCGGACACCAGGUGUCAGGCUCCCGCCUGCGCAUCCCGCAGGUGACAGCAGCCGAUUCGGGGGAGUACGUGUGUAGGGUGACAUCGGGGGGCAUCACACAGGAGACGUCCCUUGUUGUCACCAUUGAUGAUGGAGCCAACCCAUCCCACUCCGCCGGUGCCACGUCACCCAUCCGCAUUGAGUCCUCAGCAUCCUCCGUCACUGAGGGACAGACCCUGGACCUGGACUGUGUUGUGGCCGGGCAGGGACAAGCCACCAUCACCUGGUACAAGCGUGGGGGGUCCCUCCCGGCCAAGCACCAGAUGUCGGGGUCUCGCCUGCGCCUGUCCCAGCUCUCGGUGGCCGAUUCAGGGGAGUACGUGUGUCGGGCUGACACGGGCAGCGUGUCCCGCGAGGCCACCGUCACCGUCACCGUCACCUCCCGCGACAGCUCCAGCUACCGCCUGCAGAGCCCCAUCAUCUCCAUCGACCCACACAGCAUGGCGGUGGCACCGGGUGAGGAUGCCACCUUCAAGUGCCGUGUCCACGACGGCGCCCGGCCCGUCAACAUCACUUGGCGGAUGGGACCUGGCCAACAUUUCCAAGACAAUGUGAAGAUCAGCGCCAAUGGCUCCGUCAUCUCCAUCACCGGUGCCCAUGUCAGCAACCAGGGUGCCUACCACUGCGUGGCCUCCAACCGCUUCGGUGUUGCCAGCAGCGUUGUCAACCUCCUGGUGCAAGGUGCCCCCACGGUGUCGGUGAUGCCACCAGGCCCCGUGUCGGUGAAGGAGGGCAAAUCCCUGAGCCUGGAAUGCCUGGGCCGGGGUGAGCCGCGGCCGCUGGUGCGCUGGAGCCGGCCGGGUUCCCGGCAGAAGGUGGAGCACCAGACACUGCUGCACAUGGACAGCCAGGCCAUCCUGCAGCUCUCACCAGCCAAGCCGGAGCACGCCGGCACCUACAUCUGCACAGCACACAGCGCCCUGGGCUCGGCACAGGCACGGGUGGACGUCACCGUGGAGUCAGGGCAGCGGCACCCGGGUGCCCCCGAGGUCUCAGCACCUGCCACUGUCACCGUGGUGGCCGGUGACACGGCCACACUGCCCUGCACGGCCAGAGGGGAGCCGGAGCCCCGCAUCGAGUGGUCGAAGCUGCGGGCACCGCUGCCGUGGCAGCACCGGGUGGUGAACGGGACGCUGGUGAUCCCCCGUGCCGCACAGCAGGACUCGGGCCAGUACAUCUGCAAUGCCACCAGUGCCGCCGGUACCACCGAGGCCUUCGUCACCCUCGACGUGGAGACACCACCAUACGCCACCAGCCUGCCGGAGGACACCGCGGUGCGUGCCGGUGACGCGCUGCAGGUGCAGUGCCUGGCCCACGGCACCCCACCGCUGCUCUACACAUGGGACAAGCUCAACGGCAGCCUCUCGGCACGCACCAGCCACCGCGCCGGCCUCCUUCGCAUCAGCCCCGUGCUGCCCGCCGAUGCCGGCACCUACCGCUGCCGUGUCACCAACCGCGUGGGCACCGCCGAGGCCUUCUCCCGUGUGGCCGUCCAUGGUGAUGCCAUUGAUGGUGGCGAUGCCAUCGUCGGUCCCUUGGUGGUGCGGGUGACACCGGGGAGCCUCGUCAGGGGUGUUGGUGGAACCGCCGAGUUCACCUGUGCUGUCUCCGGUGACCCCCGGGCGCAUCUGGAGUGGUUGAAGGAUGGUGGGGAGCUGCCCCCCAACCACAGUGUGCAGGAUGGGGUGCUGAGGAUACCGGAGCUGGCGUGGGGCGCGCAGGGGGUCUACGUGUGCCGAGCCAGUGCUCCGAGCGGGCAGGCAGAGGACAGGGCCACCCUCACUAUGCAAGCUCUCCCCAGGGCACUGAUCAACAUCCGGACCGCGGUGCAGACGGUGCUGGCAGGGACCUCGGUGGAGCUGGAAUGCCUGGGCUUGGGCGAGCCCCGUCCCCACGUCACCUGGAGCAAAGUGGGGGGCCGCAUCCGGCCCGGGGUGCUGGUGCGCGCCGGCACCCUCACCUUCGAGCGCGUGGAGCGGGCGGACGCUGGGCAGUACCGCUGCACUGCCACCAACGCCGUGGGCACCGUCCAGUCCCACGUCAUCCUCCAUGUGCAAGCCACCCCACACAUCGCCGGGCAGCCGGAGGUGAAGGAGGUCUCGGUGGGAGCCGCGGCCGUUUUGCCUUGUUUGGCAUCGGGAUUCCCGGUGCCGGAGAUCACCUGGAGCAAGCUGGAGGGGGAGCUGCCAGCUGGUGCCAAGGUGGAGGGGAACGUGCUGACGCUGCCGGCUGUGAGCCAUGAGGAUGCUGGUGUCUAUGCCUGUGUUGCUGCCAACCACCGCGGCCGGGAGACGGCGUAUUACGUGCUCAAGGUCCGAGAGCGCCUGCUCCCCUAUUUCGGGCAGACACCCCGCUCCUUCCUGCCCCUGCCCACCAUCAAGGACGCCUACAAGAGGUUUGAGAUCCUCAUCACCUUCCGUCCGGACGCUGCUGACGGGCUCCUCCUCUACAAUGGGCAGCGCAAAACCAGCGGCGCCGACUUCAUCUCCUUUGGUUUGGUGGGCGGGCGCCCCGAGUUCAGGUUUGACGCCGGUUCGGGCAUGGCGACCAUCCGGCAUCCAACACAACUGCGCCUGGGCGAGUACCACACCAUCCGGCUGCUCCGCAACCUGACGUGGGGUUCACUGGCACUGGAGGGGCACCCCCCGGUCAAUGGCACCUCCCAGGGGAGGUUUCAAGGGCUGGACCUGAAUGAGGAGCUGUACCUGGGGGGUUACCCUGACUUCAGCGCCGUGGAGAAGACAGGGCUCAGCCGUGGGUUUAUGGGCUGUGUGCGCCAGCUCCGCAUCCAAGGGGAGGAGGUUGCCUUUGGGGACAUGGACCUGCAGGCACACGGUAUCACCAGCUGUCCCACGUGCCAGGACCAGCCGUGCCAGAACGGUGGUGUGUGCCAGGAUGCCGAGAGUGGUACCUACGUCUGCCGCUGUCCCCAUGGCUUCACCGGCAGCAACUGCGAGUACUCACAGGCAUCACAUUGUCACCCGGAGGCAUGUGGGGCUGAUGCCACCUGUGUCAACCGGCCCGAUGGGACGGGCUAUACCUGCCGCUGCCACCUGGGCAAGAGCGGGGAGAGGUGCACCGAGGGUGAGGCAGUGACGGUGCCGUCCUUCGGCGAGGCCGGAGCCUUCGUGUCCUACCCACCCCUCACCAACGUGCACCACGAGCUGCGGCUGGAGGCCGAGUUCCUGCCGCUGGCUCCCGAUGGGCUCCUGCUCUUCAGCGCCGGCAAAGCCGCCCCGGUCGAGGACUUCGUGGCCUUGUUCAUGGCUGGUGGCCACCUCGAGUUCCGCUACGAGCUGGGCUCAGGCACCGCAGUGCUGCGGAGCGCGGAGCCGCUGGCGCUGGGGCAGUGGCACAGGGUGAUGGCUGAGCGGGUGCACAAGGACGGGACGCUGGUGGUGGAUGAGGCUGCGCCGGUGAAACGCUCCUCGCCUGGCAAGAGCCUGGGGCUGAACCUUCGCUCCCCACUUUACCUGGGGGGCACCGAGCCCCCCCUGCGCCCCCCAACCAACGCCUCCUUCCAGGGCUGCAUCGCAGAGGUGUCCAUCAGUGGGAAGCGGCUGGAGCUGCCCUAUGGGUUCCUGCGCAGCCGCGGUGUGGGGCAGUGCCGGAGCCCCUCACCCUGCACCGGGGCCGUUUGUGCACAUGGGGGCCGCUGCCUGCGCCCCGCAGCACCCGGGGCUGCCCCACGCUGCCGCUGCCCACCCGGCUUCAGUGGGCCGCGAUGUGAGCAGGAGGAUGAAGGGUGCCCACGCCAGCCCUGCCUGCACGGUGGUACCUGCACCGGCAGCACCUGCCUCUGCCCGCCCGGCUACAGCGGCCCCCUCUGCCAGCACCGUCUGGCCCUGGAGCUGGAGCAGGACUGGCAGGAGGGCAGCGGGGGCAGCGAUGCCCCAGGACAGUUCAGUGUCAGUCUCCAGGAUGGCUCCUACCUGGCCCUGCCCGGGCACCUCCUGCCCCGAGGGCCCCCUGAGGCACCCGAGACCAUGGAGCUGGAGCUGCGGACGGGCAGCGCCGAGGGGCUGGUGCUGUGGCACGGGGCGGAGCCCAGUGAGGGUGGCAAAGCCAAAGACUUCAUUGGCCUGGGCCUGAAGGACGGACACCUGGUGUUCAGCUACCAGCUGGGCAGCGGUGAGGGCACCAUCAUCUCCGAAGACCCCAUCAAUGAUGGCGAGUGGCAUCGGGUGACGGUGACGAGGGAGGGCCGUCGCGGGCAGCUGCAGGUGGAUGGGGAGGAGCCAGUGAGUGGGGAGUCCCCAGGAACCAACAUCAUGGCCAACACCGAGGGCAGCAUCUACGUGGGCGGUGCUCCGGACCCCCCCAGCCUGACGGUGGGCAAGUACCGCUCCGGUAUCACCGGGUGCCUGCGGGGCCUGGUGCUGGCACCGGCCGGUGCCCCCCGACACCCCAUCGACCUGCGGCACGGUGCAGUGGGGGGCUCCCCCGCGCCCCCCUGCCCGCACUAACCCCCCCAGCUGUAUUUUGGGGGGAAUUUGGCCAAUUUUACUCUUUUUCCAAAAAGAAGACAGGAGGAAACGGUGCUUCGCUGCCCCGGGGUGACCCCGGGGGGGGGGGCCCGGGACCCCCAUAAAUGUUUACACCCCCCCCCACCACCACUACACCAGCCCCCCAAACCUGUGCCGGGGCGGCCGGGCCGCCCGGGGCCCCCCGGGAUGGCGGCGGGGUGGGGAUGCGAGGGACAAUCGGGUGCUGGCGGGGCCCCCAUGGGCAGCAUUAAAGGAGAGAGAACCAG